AUCUACUCGUUUUUUUUGACUUGCCGACUUUUCACGCACAUCGUAAACAUACUUCACACCCAGACACUCCACAUCUUUUCCCCAGCAAUGUCUGCUACUCCCUCUCCAGACAGGAACAGACCCCUCGACGACAGGAAGGUCACUGGCUAUGACCCUCUCAUCCCUCCCGCCCUUCUUCGACAUGACCUUCCCGUUCCUCCCGUCGCCUCCAAGACCAUCUCCGCUUCCCGACGAACCACCUCUUCCAUCGUGCGCGGUACCGACCCCCUUUCCCGAUUGGUCGUCGUUGUCGGCCCUUGCAGUAUCCACGAUGUCGACCAGGCCAAGGAGUACGCCUCUAGACUGAGAAAGGGCGUGCAAGAGGGAAAGUGGCCUGGUUUGGAGGUCGUUAUGAGAGUCUACUUUGAAAAGCCCAGAACGACUGUCGGGUGGAAGGGUCUCAUCAAUGACCCCGAUAUCGACGGUUCCUUCAAGAUCAACAAGGGUCUGAGAAUGGCUAGGGAGCUCUUGUGCGACAUCAAUGCCAUGGGUAUGCCCGUUGGUUGUGAGCUCCUUGACACUAUUAGCCCUCAGUUUAUUGCCGACCUCAUCAGUUGGGGUGCUAUCGGUGCCCGAACCACCGAGUCUCAACUCCACCGAGAGCUCGCUUCCGGCGCCUCUUUCCCCAUCGGUUUUAAGAACGGUACAGAUGGCUCAGUCGGUGUUGCCAUCGACGCCAUGCAAUCCGCCUCCCACCCUCACUGUUUCAUGGGUAUCAACUCUCAGGGCAUGGCCAGUAUCGUCAGGACUUCCGGCAACAGGGACUGUCAUGUCAUCUUGAGAGGUGGCACUGGUGGCCCCAACUACUCUGCUGAGCACGUGCAGAAAGCCCUCUCCACCAUGCGUUCCAAGAACCCUGAUGCCUUUGCUUCCAUCAUGGUCGACUGCUCUCACGGCAACUCCUCCAAGAACCACCUCAACCAGCCCAAGGUUGCCGCCGACCUUGCUGCUCAGAUUGCGGCGGGCGAAGUCGGUAUCACCGGUAUCAUGUUUGAGAGUAACUUGAAGGGUGGCAAGCAAAGCAGUGACAAGGGGAGAGACAACCUUGAGUACGGAGUGUCCAUCACCGAUGCUUGUGUCGAUUGGGAAAUGACCGUUGACAUGCUUGACAACCUCAACCAGGCCUCCCUUGCCCGAAGAGCCCUUCUCGAAUCCCGGGAAGCUAAUGCCAACGGUCAUCUCAAUGGCGACACUCCUGCUGUCAAGAGGCUGAAGACUGACGAGUAAUUGGGUGGUUGCAGAGUGUUGGCGACAGCGGUAGUAUCUCUGGCUUUGGGAUGUGGGCCAGCGUAGGGUACGAAAUGGUCAUGAACGAAUGGCAAAUAUUUAUCAUCAAAAGCAAUCAUAUCUGCGUCCGCGAUUAGAGACAAUCUUGUAGAUUAUGCAAUAUACAUAAAUAACUGUUUCUGUC